AUGGAGUUGGGUUUCUUCUCCUUCCUCCUCCUCCUCUUCCUCUCCUUCGUCCCCCGGGAGGGUCUGGCAGCCCCCUGCGAGAACGGCGGCACGGCGGUGGGGGAGGGAUGCGUUUGCCCCCCCGGUUACAACGGGACCCGUUGCCAGACCCCGGACCCGGCCAAAAGUUGCCAAAACGGGGCCACCGCCGUGGGGACCAAGUGCUACUGCCCCCCGGGAUUUCGGGGUCCCCUUUGUCAACACCCCGACCCCACCGGCGCCUGCCAGAACGGGGCCACGGCCUUUGGGACGGGGUGUAUUUGCCCCCCGGGCUACCGGGGAGAAGUUUGCCAACACCCGGAGCCCCCCGAUUCCUGCCUCAACGGGGGCACUUUGGUGGGGGCCACCUGUCGCUGCCCCCCGGCAACUUGGGGACCCCGCUGUGAGUGCACCACGGUGGCCACCGCCGCCGUCUCCACGCCAAGGUCUGACAGCACCUGGAUCUUACGCCCCACGGGGACCCAUUCCACCGUCCUGACCACCUGGGGAAGCAGCGAGGUGGCCACCGUGGUGACUACCAGCGCGGAGAGUAAGGCUACGGCAACGCCACGGGGAACCCGGGUAAGAAGUGCCGUGGUCACCACCCCGGAGAGGAACACCGUGGCCACGGUGGCAACCAUCGUCCUGGAGAACAACGCCACGACCACGAGAAGCAACACCACGGCCACGGAAAGCCACACCGUGGCCACCACCCCAGAAAACCACAUCGUGGCCACGGUAGCAACCACCGUCCUGGAGAGCAACACCACGACCAUGAGAAGCAACACCAUGGCCACAGAAAGACACACCGUGGCCACCACCCCAGAAAGUCACACCGUGGCCACGUGCACCACGGUGGCCACCGCCGCCGUCUCCACGCCAAGGUCUGACAGCACCUGGAUCUUACGCCCCACGGGGACCCAUUCCACCGUCCUGACCACCUGGGGAAGCAGCGAGGUGGCCACCGUGGUGACUACCAGCGCGGAGAGUAAGGCUACGGCAACGCCACGGGGAACCCGGGUAAGAAGUGCCGUGGUCACCACCCCGGAGAGGAACACCGUGGCCACGGUGGCAACCAUCGUCCUGGAGAACAACGCCACGACCACGAGAAGCAACACCACGGCCACGGAAAGCCACACCGUGGCCACCACCCCAGAAAACCACAUCGUGGCCACGGUAGCAACCACCGUCCUGGAGAGCAACACCACGACCAUGAGAAGCAACACCACGGCCACAGAAAGACACACCGUGGCCACCACCCCAGAAAGUCACACCGUGGCCACGGUACUAACCACCCUCCUGGAGAGCAACACCAUGACCACAGAAAGCAGCCCCGUGGCCACCACCCUGGAAAGCGAGACCACAGCCAUAAGAAGCAACACCACCGUCCUGGAGAGCAACACCAGGACCACAAGAAGGAACACCGUGGCCACCAGCCUGGAAAAUGAGACCACGGCCAUCCCCCUGACCCCCAUGGAAAGCAACACCGUGGCCGUGGAAAGCUACACGGUGGCCACCACCCUGGAAAGUGAGACCACGGCCAUGAGAAGCAACACCAGGUUCACGGUACCAACCACUGUCCUGGAGAGUGAGACCACGGCCAUGGGAAGUCACGCCAUGGCCACCACCCUGGAAAGAGAGACCAUGGUGGUGUUACUGACCCCCAUGGAAAGCAACACCACGACCACGAGAAGCAACACCACAACCACGAGAAGCAACACCACAACCACGGCACCAACCACCGUCCUGGAGAGCAACACCACAGCCAUGGAAAGCAACACCACGGCCAUGGGGAGCAAUACCGUGGCCACCACCCUGGAAAGAGAGACCACGGCCAUCCUACUGACCCCUGUGGAAAGCAACACCACGACCACGAGAAGCAACACCACGACCAUGGCACCAACCACCGUCCUGGAGAGCAACACCACGGCCGUGGAAAGAAACACCACAGUCAUGGGGAGCAACACCGUGGCCAUCACCCUGGAAAGUGAGACCAUGGCCACGCCACCAACCACCAUCCUGGAGAACAUCACCGCCAUGGAAAGCAACACCACGGCCACGGAAAGCCACACUGUGGCCACCAGCCUGGAAAGGGAGACCAUGGUCACGGUACUGGUCCCCGUGGAAAGCAACACCACGACCAUAGAGAGGAACAUCACCACCACGGGGAGCAACACCGUGGUCACCGCCCUGGAAAGCGAGACCACGGCCACCCUACUGACCUCCAUGGGAAGCGAGACCAUGGCCACCUUUGUGGAAAGUGACACCACGGCCACCCCCAUGGAAAGUGACACCACGGCCACGCUCCCAACCGCUCCCACCAACGCCACUGCUACCCCAGCUCAGCCCAAUGCCACCCACAUGGUCCUCCUGGAUGCCACCAGACCCUGCUCUGGCAAUUGCACCAGCCCCACCACCGAGACCACAGCGGUGACACCCCGGUCCCCUCCCAACUCCAUGGUGUCCACCACGAUGAAGAGUCUUGCCUCUGCCACCGUCACCACCAGGUCCCCUUCAACCAGCAGGGCCACCACCACCAACACCUUGGCCACCAUCUGCCUCUACCUCCCGCAUGGGUCCAGCCCUCCGGCUAGGUCAGAAGGGACACGGGGCCUUCUGGGGUGCAACACCACGACCAUAGAGAGGAACAUCACCACCACGGGGAGCAACACCGUGGUCACCGCCCUGGAAAGAGAGACCACGGCCACCCUACUGACCUCCAUGGGAAGCGAGACCAUGGCCACCUUUGUGGAAAGUGACACCACGGCCACCCCCAUGGAAAGUGACACCACGGCCACGCUCCCAACCGCUCCCACCAACGCCACUGCUACCCCAGCUCAGCCCAAUGCCACCCACAUGGUCCUCCUGGAUGCCACCAGACCCUGCUCUGGCAAUUGCACCAGCCCCACCACCGAGACCACAGCGGUGACACCCCGGUCCCCUCCCAACUCCAUGGUGUCCACCACGAUGAAGAGUCUUGCCUCUGCCACCGUCACCACCAGGUCCCCUUCAACCAGCAGGGCCACCACCACCAACACCUUGGCCACCAUCUGCCUCUACCUCCCGCAUGGGUCCAGCCCUCCGGCUAUCGUCUGCCACAACGGUGGGGUGGCCAACUUGACCCAUUGCCUUUGCCCGCCCGGCUACUCCGGCCCCACCUGCGAGAAGGUGGACGUCAACGACCGAUGCGCCGGUGGCAGCACGGCCGUGGGCAACCUCUGCAUCUGCCCCCCCGGGAGGUCGGGACCCCGUUGUGACACCCCUGAUGACGUCACGGCCUGUCGGAACGGUGGCACGGCCGUAGGGACCGAGUGCUACUGCCCCCCUGGCUUUUACGGUCCACGGUAUCCCUGCCAGAAUGGGGGUCGCUGGACGGGGACGUUCUGUCUCUGCCCCCCCAACGUGGACGGAGCCCGUUGCCAGUUUGGGGCGACCACCAUCAACAUCACGGCAGAGUUGGGCCCCUCCUUCUUGAUGUUGGCGCGUGUCACCAACCGGAACUUCUCCGAGGACAUGAGGGACACCUCGUCCCCCACCUACCGCAGCUUCGUGGAUGAGUUCAGCCGGACGAUGGACCGGGUCUACCACAACGUCUCCGGCUACCGUGGAACCCGGGUCCUGGCCCUGACAAGAGGCAGCGUGGUGGUCAACUACAAAGUCAUGCUGCACCCCCCACCUGGAGCCAAACCCACCACCAACCUCUACCGCCGAGGCCGGGAGCUGCUGGAGGCCGCCAACUCUGCACCUCAGCCCCACAACUGCACCCACUCCACAGAAGGUCUCUGCUUCACCACGUCCUCCAGAUCUCUCCGGGCCGAGCUGCCAGUGCUCAACGACACAGAGCUGUGCAGGAAACACGCGCCGGCCAACUUCAGCCGCUUCUACUACCCCCACCGCACCCCCACCGGCCUCCUCUGCGUCACCAACUGCACCCUCAACGUCCCCGGCUCCAUGGACUGCGGCGACGGGCUCUGCCGGUUGACCUUGGAAGGACCCCGUUGCUUCUGCCCCGAUGUGCCUUGGUACCUGACGUCGGGCGAGCUCUGCCAGACCCACAUCAGCAAACUGGGGCUGGGGCUGGGUGUGGGGCUGGGCCUGGGGUUGACCCUCCUGGUUCUGCUCGUCAUCUGCAUCGUCCUCUCCGUCCGCUUGGCCCGAAGGAAGAAGAAAUCGACCGGUGGCAGCCCGACCCGUGAGGACAGCGAUCGCAGGCGCAAUUCCCACGUCACCGGUAUCUACCACGUCAACGGCCGAGGUUCUACAGCCCACCAAGGAGGACACGGUUCCUACAAGCCCAACGCGGAGGUGGCAGAAGCCACCACGCCGGUGCCGGAACUGAUCCAACCAGGAUGGAGAACAACUCAACAACCAAACAAAGCAUCUCCAAAAUGA